UCUGAAAUGCCCAAUGACUUGAGAGCAGUUGCUCUCAGUUCUCAAAGUAUUCAGGUAACGUGGAAAGCCCCCCAUUACACUCUGUCAGAUGUAGCUGGCUACAAACUGAUCAUAGUGGGCAAGGGCAUCAAAGAAACAGUCGUAGUCGCGAACGAUGUGUUUUCGCACACGUUCUUGCGUCUGAACCCAUCCACGGAGUACAUCGUUUCCGUGCAGGUUGGUCUGUACUCAAGCAUCAGAGGACCCUAUCCGUACUGCGGUGGAACACUGAUUGCUCCUGAUUGGAUAAUUACCGCGGCCCAUUGUGUUGAAAGGGCCAUGGACUGCAUUGCCCCCCGAGUUGGCCUAUCGUUCUCAUACGAAGCCCUUACAAAUGCCACACUGUUUGCCCGAAUUGGUGACCACGAUUUAGUAAAAACAGAGGCAUCAGAAAGGGAUCGUGUCGUCCAGAGCAUAGUAGUUCAUCCGAAUUUUAAGCUGCAAUCGGGCAACAGUGAACAUGAUAUCGCCCUCCUGCGAUUAGAAAAAUCUGUCGUCGCUGAGAAAGAAGUCGAUUUUAUCUGCCUUCCAAUGCUAAAGUCGACUGUGCCCCUUUCCCAGGAAUGCACAUUCGCAGGCUGGGGCUCACUCGUCCAUCUAAGCACUGCAGAAUACAUAAAUUCGCCGGUCCUCAUGGAAGGUAGAUUGACACUUGAACCCGAAGAAUUCUGCCAAUCGGCUGGAGGUGUGCCCCGACCCCUUGUUGGGGAGACAGUGGCGCUGGUGUCUACUGCCUUGAUGCUCAGAGACAAUGGAUCCUCUAUGGAGUCAUCAACCAAGGAAGCUUUCUUUGUUCAGGCCGCUAUGCCACCAGCACAAAGGUACUUUCUCAUAUUGUCUGGAUCAAGCAAACGAUUGAGACCAAGGACUUCGCCUGAAAAGGACAAUAUUGCGAUUUAA